AACACGAGGUUUAUAUUAACUACGUUUCCGCCGUGCCUCAGUACGUUAAAUACAAUAUGCACUAUGCACCAACACACACAGACCGCGUGGGGCUUACAGCUUCAGCAAUUAAAGUCGGAUAUGCACUCUACCGCCUAACUAAGCUGCCUUUCAACGGAGCCCCCAGAGUAACAGUCCUUUGUGUGCUAGAUCGCACGUAGAGUAAACACUGUUGACAGCGCGUUUGGUCGAAGUCCAAUCGGUGUAUCUUUACGAUAUCCUUGGUAAGAUUCAAAAUGGCGAAACGGGUGGCGAUCAUUGGAGCCGGGUGUAGCGGUCUCACUGCCAUCAAAUGUUGUGUUGACGAAAAGCUGGAGCCGUUUUGUUUUGAGCGAACUGACGAGCUCGGGGGAUUAUGGAACUUUACGGAAAAAGUCCGCGAGGAUCAGGGGUGCGUGAUGAAGUCGACUGUCAUCAACACCAGCAAGGAGAUGAUGUGUUUCAGCGACUUUCCUAUACCCAAAGAGUACCCCAAUUUCAUGCACAACACACAGGUAUGGCAGUACUUCAAGAUGUACGCAGAUGCCUUCAACCUGAGCAAACACAUCCAAUACAACAAAGAGAUCCUGUCCGUGAAGAAAUCACGUGACUACGAGCAGACCGGAAGGUGGGAUCUGCAGGUCAGAGAUCACAAGACCGGAAGUGAGGAGACGCAGACGUUUGACGCGGUGAUGGUGUGCACCGGUCAUCACGCCAGCAAGAACGUGCCGGACUUUACAGGUCAAGAUGACUUCCAGGGGGAGAUCCUUCACUCUCACCACUACAAGGACUGGACCGGGUACACUGGGAAGAGGGUGGUGGUUGUCGGGGUCGGCAACUCAGGCGGGGACGCAGCUGUGGAGCUGAGCAGGGUGGGGCAGGUGUUUCUGAGCACGAGGCGCGGUACCUGGGUGCUCAACAGGAUUUCGGACAAUGGCAUCCCCGUAGACUUUCUACGAUCAACACGUUUCAUCAAUAAGAUUCGACACACUUUGUCCCAGGAUACUCUCAGCAGCAUCGCUCAGAAACAGCUCAACAAACGUUUCGACCACGCAUUAUACUCCUUGAAGCCUAAACACUCGGUGUUCGCCCAACAUCCCACAGUAAACGAUGACUUGCCCAAUAGAAUCGCGACUGGCCGAUUGAAGGUAAAAGCGGACAUCAAGAGGUUUACCAAGACUGGCGUGGAGUUUGUUGACGGGACGAUGGAAGAUAACAUAGACGUUGUCAUACUGGCUACAGGGUAUAUAUUCGGCUUCCCGUUUGUUGACAAGUCUGUGAUCGAUGUUCAGAAGAAUAAGGUCAAGAUGUUCAAGUAUAUGUUUCCACCUGACCUGCCGAAACAGACAUUGGUGGUGAUUGGUUGUUUUCAACCUCUUGGCGCCAUUAUGCCCAUUGCGGAAUUGCAGUGUCGCCUAGCAACCAGAGUAUUCAAAGGCACGUGCAGUCUCCCGUCAAAGUACGAGAUGUGGGCGGACAUUGGGAAGAAGGAGGCGGCCAUGGCGGCGAGAUAUGUCGAGUCCCAGCGACACACAAUCCAGGUCGACUACGUCGACUUCAUGGACGAACUGGCGGAACUUGUAGGAUGUCGACCAGCUAUAGGUCAUCUUCUAUUGACCGAUCCGAAACUCGGACUCAAGUGCUACUUCGGCCCAACCACCCCCUACCAAUACCGCCUGAGGGGGCCGGGCACGUGGUCGGGGGCCCGGGAGGCUAUCAUGACCCAGACAGAUAGAAUGGAGUACCCCUUUAAGACCAGACCUCUCCCUGAAGGUACAGAGACACAGUCGUCCCACAAACUCCUCACACUUAUGUUACUGGUGCUGGUCAUUGCCGUCCUUUACCAACUGUUCUUUUAAAAGCGAUGUUAGGAGUUUGUAGAUAGAUGUUUACUCGUGGAUGUUUUGUCUUACAUUCAGGGAUUUACGUUAUUGACUCAAAUGACCAUACGCUUCCCAUGGUGGAAUUCCAGAUCAAGGAACUGUCAGGGGAUUUUCCGAUUGACAGUCAAAAACUUUCUGUUAAUGUUUAACAACAGGGGCUGUUAUCCUACAUCUGACUAGGGACAAUAAUACUAACUUAGGGAAAAGUCAGAGACCGAAACCACUGAAUUACUGCUGAAUUAAAUUUUCACACACUGAAUAAUAACAUGUAUUCAUGAACUACUUAUUAUAAUAAUAUACUGUUUUGAUAAUAAUACCACUCAAAAGAAGAAAAGAAAAGUCCAACAGUUAAUUUGUCAUGGUUGGUGGUAUUGCAACACACAGCCUUCCAGUUGUGGGUUUUCUUUGACUUGUUUUGAGCAGUAUAUAUUGAUAAGGAACGGCGCUUGUCUGGUCUACGGUACCAUGAGGUUGGGAAACUCACCACCUAUCAGACAAGGAACUUUCAGGAAAAAUGCCUUAGUGCUUUGACACAGACAAUUUGACAUUCUUUGUGGGAAGGGGUUGGGUGUAAAUUGCUGCAAAAAAUAAAUAAUUCUGCCCCAGGUUAUACCAGCAACAAGAUGUCCGUUGUCCAUGUUGCAUGUAGGUCACGGGUAGUCUGUCCUUUGUUUGUUUGUCCUUUUACAUCUGCCGAAUCGAGUAUUGUAUAUGCAUGUAUGCCCUUUGUAACUUGGCUAUCCAUGUUGGUAAGCCACAUGAUCGGACCUCGUCAGGUGAAGACAUUCUGGCGACUAGAACCAUUUUAUAGUAGAUUCUCUAUGAUUUUGCAUAAUGGGAUAGUUGCUUCAGUUUUACUUGUUAGAAUGCGCGUUCAGAAUGGCCAAUGACAAGCUCUGAAUCAGCUUCAACCAUAGCGUCAUCGCAAUGGUUUAAUCAGCAAGACAAAGUUGUAUGUUUCGAGUCAAUAGACGGCACGUGCUGCAUAUACUGUGAUUCAAAUGUCUGUGUUACGUUGGGAACAAUACCACAGUCAUCAUAUAUAAACUAAGUUGCUCAUGGAGAUUUUAUUGUUGUAUUUUAUACGGAAAUCUAAAAUGUACAGUUUUUAAAUAUAUUUUUGUUUUUCCUCAAAAUAAACCACUACAAUUUUAA